AUGCCUUAACUGAAAUACCAGUUUAAUAAUAAUAAUCGAUGUGUUGACUGUAGGCGUGGUUCUACUGGUGAUUUUUCUUACUUUUUAAUUUUAAUUUAUUUAAAAUGGAGUACAAAAAAAUUGUUUGGACGCAACUAACUGUUAUCAUACUGCUCACGUGUUUCAUUGAAAAAGGAACUUCUAUAAAAUGUUGGGUAUGUCGUUCCGAUUCUGAUCCAAAAUGCGCCGAUCCAUUUGAUAAUUCGACAGUUCCAAUUACUGAUUGUAGCCAAGAAAAAGAAUUAGAACACUUGCCUGGAGUUAGGCCAACAAUGUGUAGAAAAAUUCGUCAAAAAGUAAGAGGGGAAUGGCGAUACUUUCGUAGUUGUGCAUUUAUGGGUGAACCUGGUAUCGAAGGAGAUGAAAGAUUUUGUCUAAUGAGGACAGGUACAUACAAUAUAUUUAUGGAAUAUUGCACGUGUAACAGUAAAGAUGGAUGCAACUCAUCUUCAGGACUCCAUUGCAAUUUAUUCCUUCAAUAUGGUGGAAUAGUUGCGAUCAUUGCCAUGACUUGGUUCAUAAGAACCUGAAAAUUUAAAUAAAAGUAACUGCUAUCGUGUAUAUGAAAGCCAAGUAUACCAAGUAUACCAAUAAUGUAAUAAUUAAUUACAAUUAUCCUUCCAAGAUUUUUUAGUCACUGCAAUCUUAUAUUCUUGUGACUAAAAAUUUAUUUUUAGAAAAAAUUUUUUCAUUAAAUAUUGUGCCUCAUUAGAGUAAUAAUUACAUAGAUAAUGUUACUGUUAUAACUUGGUAAAGCCUUUAAUACAGUAUAAAUUUAUUUACGGAUCUUAUUGGUCAAAA